GGAGGAUAAGGAGGGAAUGUUUGAUUCAUUUGAUACAAUGAAAAGUUUGAUUCAAGUAAUAACCGGCGCUAUCGACACAUUAACGUUGAAUAGAAACAAAUGCAUUGAGGCUUUGAGUAGCGAUAUGUUGGCCACAGAUAUCGCCUACUAUUUGGUUCGCAAAGGCGUGUCGUUCCGGAAAACACACGAAUUGGCCGGAAGUGUUGUGUCGACAGCCGAAAGGCUAGGCCUCGAAAUACAUAACUUACCGCUCAAUGUGUUUAAAGAGAUU